AGCCUUUUUCUUAUUAUUAGGACGUGGUGACGGAGGUAGCUCUUUGCAGCAGCUCUUGGCAAGUGUUUUUUUUGUAAUGCUAAUUAAAAAUGCACAAAAAAAAUUAGGCGUGAAAUCCAGAGAUGACAAUCCAAACAGAGAUUCAUAAAAACGCUCCGUAAUCCCGACCACUCUGAAGGACUGCUUCGUGGAAAUCUUCCACUCUGGUGGGAACAGAGUCGGAUUCACAGAGCUGCUUUGCAAAGGCCGCACAGAAAUGGAUGUUUGUAAACUCUUUUUUGCUGUGCAUUUACUCUGAAUCCCUUCACGCCCACAUGUACAUAUGGUUGUACGUACCACGAGUACUAUGCUGCUAAAGCCAGGGUAUUCCAGCCUUUAAAUUGUAGAAUAAAACCCCCAUGUGCAGACACCGGCGCAAGGAGGCCUGUGACAUUUUCUGGCACCAUAACAAGGGUCUGUUACACCACUCAAUAUUUUCUUUCCUUUCUUUUCUCUUCCUUUCCUUUAAGCUAACAUCCUUUUCCUGUGCCUGAGGGAGAAGGCAGUUGAUAAAAGCCAAGUUCCUGUUCGCAGAUAAGUUUAGAAGGCAGCCAAGCUCAGAAGUUCCUUAAAUAAGCUGUAUUCCUACCACCUUUUUUUUCUCUCUGUCAGAGACGUUUGAGCCCCACACAGGAACCAGGCUCACAUUGUUCAACAGCCACGGACGUUUCCACAGUAGCUGGGAGGGUCGAAAGCUUUUUCCGCUCUUUGUUACAAAUUUUUUAUUUUUUUUUUUCCCUUCCUUCUUCCAACUUUCCAGUUAAAGAAUAUUGCCGGAGCAUUCCUGAAUUAAAUCAGGCUGCGCUUCAGAGGAGAGAACAAGAGGCAGGUGUAACUGGGUGGGAAAAGCCCCACGAUGCUGGUGAAGCUUUUGCUCAUCUGCAAUACGAUAGGGUUGGCAAAGCUGGUCAAACACUCAGACCAUCAUGGAUACCACGAUGGUUCAGUGCACAAGCCACAAGUUUACGACACCUCUGCACACCCCCAGAGGACUCCUCUGUCGCAGGAGGAAGAAGGUUUUUGGGGGGCAGAAGGGCUCAGGGAGGACCCUCGAGAUUACCCUUCAAGUAUGACCUCCUCGCAUCAGGGAGAGAGAGAGGAUUUUGAAGCUGCGAGCCCACAGUCCCGAAAUGGGAACUGGUGUUCCUUCAUGCAGUCCCGGCUGGUAACAUACAUAGAAGCCUGCACGAAGGAGAAGUACAUUGUGAACUCCCAACAGCCUUGCCUGAACGGAGCACCGGAGUGCCAGAAGGUCAUGUACAGGACAGCCCUGAAGCCAGUCUAUCAAGUGAAACAGAAGGUUUUGAAGUCUUUGCAGUGGAAAUGCUGCCCUGGAUUCUUUGGCAAGGACUGUGAACAGCGUGAUCCCAAUUUUAUUCUGGUGCCAGGAAAUCAAAGUGAAGGACGGGAAGAAGAGGAGUCCUCAAAUCACAUGUCAACAUCUGUGGAUUCAAGAGAAAUGUUGGAAGUCAUUCAAAAUCAUGAGGCAUUACUGGAUGAUCUUCAAAGUGAUAUUCACCAAGCAGUCAGCAACUUAGGUGACUUACAGAGAAUAUUUGAACACAACGGUACAAGCAUGGUGUUAGAAGUGAACCAGAGCAACUCAGAUCUACAGGAAAGGCUUCUGCAGCAAGUUUUGUUUCCCCAUGUGGAGAAUUUUCUAAGGAAACAUUUUAACCCAGUGUGGGCAAGCUUCAACAGAAGCUUACAGAACCUCUCAAACAUGGUAAAAAACCUGUCCCAUGACGUGGAAGCCAACAAGAGAAGCAUAGAAAGAUUCCAAGAGAGCACUGUGCCCAAGAAGGAAUUCCAGGAGCUGGGAACUAAGUUUGAAUCAAAAGUCCAAGAAAACGUGGUGAAAGUUGAUCAGGUGAAAAGAGAUAUAGAGAACCAACUGCAAAUGCAGCAGGCUAGCAUUCGCUAUAAUCUCACCAUGAUCAAGGCAGAUACGGACACAAAGCUCAAGAAGUUUCAUAAGGUACAGCAGUCCCAUUUCUUAGCUUUGAACAACAGCAUAGCAAACAUGAAACAAGAGCAAAACAAUCUUGAAAAUAAAUUCGAGACUUUGAAAAAAAAUUUAACUGACUUUUCCUCACAUCACGGUCCCAAAGAUGAAAAUACGCAGUUAACCAUCAGACAAAUAAAUGACCUUCUGGCAGGGCACGCAAAGCAGCUUAAAGAACUUUACAUGGAGUCAGAUGUGGCCUUUCAGAAUAUUGCAGUUUUAGAGAGGUGGUUUAAGGAGUUAAAAAAAAAUAUCUCAAAGCAUAGGCCAGAAGAUCUUACAAUAACUUUAAUGGAGAAAUCACUUAUUAUGGAAGAAAACAAAGCAGCAACGGAAAGGCAGAUAUCAGAGCUCAACUAUACGCUCUCAAAUCUUCAGGAAAACUAUGCAGAUCUGUUGAGGUACAUGGAGGAAUGUAAUUGCCAGAGAAUAUCUCCUGACACGGAUAUACUGGAGGAGGAUUUAAAGAAUAUCACUUAUUCCCUUGAAGGCACCCAAUCAAACUUAAAGGAUAUGAAGCACUUAGAGUCAGUUUUCAGAGAUCUCUUGAGGAAUGAAAUUGAAGAGCUCUACUCAGCUUUUCCAUCUAUCCAUCAGUCCCUUAGUCUCCGUCAAGAAGAAACCAGAGAGCUUCAGUUGCAAGUUACAGCUUUUUCAGAAGAUAUAGGCUUCUUGAAGAAGGAAGAUGAAGAAAUUCAUCGACAAAUCAAGUUUCUCAACAGUUCUUUCAGCUCUCUUUUGGGAGAUGCCAUGCGGCAUGAAGGGGCACUGGAGGCUUUACUGGGAGAAGAACUUAUGGAAGUCUUGUUUGAAGAAGAUCCUAGUAUCCUAAUAUCGUCAGUAUUUCAGCUGCAAGAAUCUCUCAGACAUAUCUCAGAUAAACUCCAAGAACAAAAUGUGACUUUAGAAUCUCUUAUAAAGAGAUUUUAUCUCUUGGAGAGAGGUCAACAGAAGAAUCACGAUGCUCAUACAUCUCCUAAGCACCCCAAAGAAGAAACACAAACACCCUCUACUCUACAUGAAGUCAGUAGUCAACGCAGCAUCAUUGAACAUAUGGAACCUAACUAUGAAGCUGCCAAAGAUGACUCCUUGGAUAGCUCAGCUUAUAAUGAUAUCAUGACUCUGAAGAAUGAUAUCAAACACCUGAGCCUGGCAAUCAAGAGGCAUCAAUCCAGAAGUGACACGAAUUUCUGCUGCAAUCACACAAUAGUGAAUGUAAUUGAGCCACUCAACAUGUCUGUGGAAAUUCUCUCGGCAGAUUUAGCAACCAUCAAGCGGAAGCUGGAGGAACAUCUGCUGAUUUUUAAAAAGCUAUUUGGAAGCAACGAAGAAUUAGUUGCCUCAAAUAUAAGUCUGGAUGUUACGAAGAUUCAGUCAAUGCUGACCACAAAAGCAAGAAGGCAACAGAAAGGUAAAGACAAGCAAAGAGACAAGAAAAAGCCUGAGAAGCACAGAGAAAAUAUGCAAACGAUAAGUGGAAGAAAUACAGUGCAGACAGAACUUUUGGAAAAAGACUCGUUGGUGGCAUUCCAUGUGGGAUUCUCAGAAGGAAAGGAUAAAGAAAAAACUCUGAGGUUUAAUGAAACUUACCUCAAUUAUGGAAACAGCUAUUUCCCUGAACACGGCUACUUCAAAGCGCCGCAUAAAGGUGUCUACCUGUUUGUCAUCUCUGUGGAGUUUAGUUCAGGACCAGCAUUAGGACAACUCUCCUUUAGCCGUGGGUACAAAAAACCUCUCUCAAGUAGUCAGAGGAAAACACCAAAUGGAAACACCAUGACUACUUUUGCUAUGGCAGAAAUGGAGAAGGGGGAGAAAGUAUGCUUUGAAUUGCUGCAGGGCUCUGUAGUGAAACGGAGUCCACCUGGGACAACGAUGGGUGGAUUCCUACUAUUUAAAACUUGA